GCUGCUUCAGAAGAGUCUGCGGUGUCUGAACGUUUAAGGGUCAGCGUGUCAAUUGCCUCACCGCUGCAAAUCUCGGGGGGCGGGAGCCCCCUCCUCCCCCUCCAGCUGCACCCUUUCCCAGCACCAUCGCAGACCCUGCGCUCCCUUUAAAGCAAAGCGAGAGGAGGAGCAAAAGGAAGAGGAAUUUACCGCAGUGGAUUUUGUAAUUGACUCUCGCGUCCAGGUCAGGGGGCACUGUUUGCUGGCGAGGCAUGGCAGAGCCGUCCGGGCCUAACACGAGUAUAAAGUAGCUCCAGGACGACAGAAACUCCAGACCCCGCCGCUGCUAGAAGUGAAACUACUCGCCCUGCCCAGGCGCCCUGUCCCUUCCCCGCCCUCCCGCGGCGUGCCGUGCAGGGAUGCAUCCAGCCGGCAGGGGACGGGGUAGGGCCCCCCGGCUGUCAGGCAGUAGGGGCUGCCCGGCUCGGGCCGAGAGCACCCCGCAGUAAGGACUGAGCCCUGCGGACAGCAGAGCAGCAUCGCCGGGGGUAGCCGGCCCCGCACCGCGCCUGCGAGGGACCAUCGCCCGCUCGGCACCCUCCGAACUCCAGCCCCGGCGCCGGGUCAUCCCGCGUUACCUCCCUCGGAGAGCUGCCCGCCAACUUCGGCGCCGACGCCAGCUCUGCCUGCACGGCUGUGGGCAAGAUGGGGGUCGCGGCACCCCCCCUCCCCGUCGGGGGCAGCCAGCCCUUUCCUCUUCCUGCCGCCGCCGCCGAGCCCCGCGCCGGAGCCCCUCUGGCACAGCCCCUUCGCCAUGUGCUGCCCGGGGCGGGGAGCCCGCCGCGGCGCGCCUGAGCCGGCCGAUCAGCACCGCGGACAGCUGCCGGCCGCCCGGGGCAGCUCCCGCCGCGCCAGGGCGCGGGGCCGGCGGCUCUGCCCGCCGAGAGGGCGCCGGUGCGCGGCUCCGGGCCGGCUCCGGGCCUCCGUGCCCCGGCUGCUGGCAGCCCUCCGCCGGCACGCCGCUCCGCCGAGCAGGGCUCCAAGGGGUUCCACACGCCCCCCCAGCCGCCUCUCGCCCGGUGCCAGGAGAGGGCUCGGCUUUGGGCUCGCGGUCUGUCCGUCUUCCGUGGAUCGGGGCUUACCAGCCAGGACGGUGCCGGGGUACAGCGCCGUGUGAGCCUGCGGACCCCGAGGUGCGCUACGGAGUUAGAAAGAAAUCUCGGAUCUGGCGCACUGUGGAGGGGUAACGUAAACCCGAUACAACCAGCAAACCCAGCCCAAGCCUUCCUGCCUCCCUGCAACCAACUUUACACCCCCCACCGCCACCCCCACCCACCCCCACAACCACAAGAAUUCCCUGCUUUCCUCCUCCCUCCACGCUCCUUCCUUCGGAGACUGUAGGAUGAGGCAUUUCCUUCUAUCUGGCUCAGGGUAAAGGCAUACCCUGGGGGCAGCGACACACAUCUGGCAGGGACUGAAAGGUUUUAAUCCAGCCUCUACUGCAAUCAACAAUGGCAAAUGAACCGGUGAUUCUGAACGUUUAUGACAUGGAAGGCCCAAGCAACUCGAGAUGACGGCGUGCAAAUUGCAGACAUGCAUGUUGCAGCGUGGUGGAUAUUGUUCAAGGGAUUGAGGAUGCAGAAACAGUGGUAUUGGAUAAAUGAAUACACCUCCACCUUGGGGAUUGGUGUCUUCCACUCUGGCAUCGAGAUCUACGGCAGAGAGUUUGCCUAUGGAGGGCAUCCCUACCCUUUCAGUGGCAUUUUCGAGAUCACACCUGGCAGUGCAGUAGAACUUGGAGAGACCUUUAAAUUCAAAGAAUCCAUUGCCUUGGGCACCACAGACUUCACGGAAGAGGACGUGGAUAAGAUUAUGGAAGAACUGGGCAAGGAGUACAAAGGAAAUGCGUACCACCUGAUGCACAAGAAUUGUAAUCACUUCUCUGCUGCUCUGGCUGAGAUACUAUGUGGGAAAGAGAUCCCACGCUGGGUGAACCGCCUGGCCUACUUCAGCUCAUGCAUCCCCUUCCUCCAGAGCUGCCUCCCCAAGGAGUGGCUGACCCCAGCAGCCCUGCAGAGCCACAUCAGCCUCGGCCUCCACAAGGAGGAGCAGGGGGACACAACAGAUGAGGAGUCCCCCUCCACCUCCACAGCCCCUUCAGCCUCAGGCACAUCACGAACCUGUAGACAUACUCGGGUCUAAACUGUGCCCAGUAUGCCCUCAAAUAACAUACCCCUCUCUCUUGUACUAUUUCUUUCUCUCACCCUUUCACACACCUUGGUUUCUCUCUUCCUCAAUGGACAGCACAGGGGAGGGAAGACCCUUUCUACUAAGGAGGUGAAGCUUCAGUCCCUUUUCUGAGGGCUGCCACUACAGUUGCUUGGCAAAAUGACUGUGAACCCCAAUGCUGAACUGAGGAGUAUAGUGACUGAACUGGACUCUCCUCCCAGGGCCCCCAUGCUCCUUGACCCAUGGAGAAAUGCUGACUCUCUCAGGCUUGAGAGCAUGUGUACAGGCAGGGGGGCACCAUACUGUGAUGUUCCUUCUCUGGAACUGUUUUAUCUUUUUAUCUCUUCCCCCACCCAUGUGAGCCCAGCAGCCUCCUCUCUAUUUUGACUGGGUUUGUCACUCCCCUAUGACAAAUCUCCUGUCCACACCCAGUGAAGGAAGCAGAGCCAGAACUCAACCUUCUCAUCUCUUAGACCAGCAACAAGCUCUACUCAGCCCCAUCCCUUUUGUAACUAUCACAUUUUGAACUCAAGUGAAGGAUGAAUGAAAGGUGCUGCUGUUCUACAACCACUAGUUUUCAGUACUCAAAUUUAAGAGCUCGAAUUACUGUCCUGCUCUUGAAAACAGUAACAAAGAACAUAGAAAAUGAA